AUGUAUCCAACAGUUACUAUUGCCAACCAAGACAUUACUGUAAAAGGAUGCUCAACUACAGAUGAAUUUAAUCAAGUCAUGGCGUUCCAGCCUUUCAAAGACUGGCUCCAAGCAUUUGAGGAACAACAAAAGCAGAGAAAAAACGAAUUUGAUAUCAACUCGAUCGAUAUUCAGAGCAUCGACUAUUUUGGAUCUAAAAAAGUUGGAUUUGUCAAAUUUAAAGCAGACGUAUCGUUCAGGGACACUGGCAAGAACGCACCUGGCAUUGUGUUUAUGAGAGGAGGCGCUGUUUCCAUGUUGAUCAUCCUGAAAUCGCAAGGGCAAAAGGACAAGAUUCUACUGACCUUACAACCUCGUAUUCCUAUUCCACAUCUCAGCUUUCCUGAGCUGCCUGCGGGCAUGUUGGAUGGAUCAGGCAAUUUCUCAGGAACAGCGGCCAAGGAAAUCAAGGAAGAAACGGGGCUUGAGAUUAAAGAGGAUGAGUUGGUAGACAUGACAGACAUGGCGUAUGGAGAUAAAUGGAGAGGUGUUUAUCCCUCAGCAGGUGGAUCAGACGAGUUUUUGAGAUUGUUUGCCUGCAUCAAGCAUUUGGAGAAAUCACAAAUUGACGAAUUGGAAGGAAAACUGGCUGGGUUACGAGACCAAGGAGAAAGCAUCACUUUAAAACUGAUUUCUAUGGAGGACGCCUGGAAAGCGUCACCGGAUGCCAAGUUAUUGUCGAGUUUAGCGUUGUAUGAAGCUUUGAAAUCAAAGAUUACUACUUGA